AGUCAAGUGAUACACCAGAAGAUACUAUUCCAGAUGAACCUAGCUCUGAAUAUCCACUUCCUCUAAGUUUCCUUCCUCAACCAAAACAACUUGUGGCAUUGAUUUUCGCUUCAAGUGUCCGUCUUUUAGAUAAAAUGAUUCGUAAAUGA